AUGGCUGGAAAGAACUCUAAAACCCGACACACGAUUCAGACUCAGCUGCGGCCCAGCCUGCCCACGGCCUCAAGUGAGCCGGCGACUCCAGAGGAUGUCGCUUCGGAGCAAGCUAACCCUGAUAUCACUGCUCUUAAACUUGAGUUGCUGGCUUCGCUGAGAAAAAACAUCGCCGACAUCUUUAAGAGGGAACUUCAGGAAACUCUUGGUGAUACACUGUUUGCUCUCAAGCAGGAUUUGCAAGCGGUGAGGACACAGUUUGUGAAUGAUAAAGCUGCGUCCGAUGCUACCGUGUCCGGACUAAAGGGCAUAGUGGGAGAGAUGGAGCAUGCGCUCACCUAG